AUGAAGCUUUCCACGAUGUACCUCGGCCCCCUCUUGGGCGGCGCCGUUGUCCUCAGCACCAACGCCAAACCCAAUAUCGUCUUUAUCUUCACCGACGACCAGGACCUCCGCCACGGCUCCCUCGACACGCAGCGGGCUGUACAGGAACACAUCGUGUCCCAGGGCACCGUCUUCACGAAUCACUUCGCCAGCGUCGCCGUCUGCUGUCCCAGCCGGGUGUCUCUCAUGCGAGGACAGCACGCGCAUAACACGAAUAACACCGCGAUCAAGGCUCCUGGAGGGGGAUUCCCAAAGUUCAGAGCCGCCGGUCUUGAGGAGGAUUACUUGCCUCACUGGCUAGGGAAGGCGGGCUACAACGCUGAAUACGUCGGGAAGCUCUUCAACGGCGACUCACUGCUCUCGUACGACCCGCCUCCCAAAGGAUGGAGACACAUUGAUGUCUUGCUCGAUCCGUACACCAACGCCCACAACACCGUCGUCAUGUCGGAGAACGGCGCGCGGCCAGUCUGGUACAAGGGCUUCCACCAAACCGACGUCGUCCGCAUCAAAGCCCUCAACCGACUCGAGUCCCUGCUGAAGGAAGACAACCCCUUCUUCCUCAUGAUCGCCCCGACGGCACCGCACGUCGAGAACCUACGAGACCCCCCGACACCCCCGGCGCGCCAUCUCGGAUCCUUCGCCAACGCCACCGUCCCGCGCGCUCCGAAUUUCAACCCCGCGAGCGACGAACACCAGUCCGGCAAGCCGAGCUGGCUGAGGCAUCUCAAGGCUCUCAACGAGACCCAGGUCGCGGAGAUUGACCGCUUCUACCAGCGCCGUUUGGAAUCUCUCAAGGGCGUGGACGACAUCAUCGACGACGUGGUCGGGAUGUUGGGAGACCACGACGCUCUCGAUAACACGUACAUCAUCUACUCCACGGACCAGGGCUACCACCUCGGAACCCAUCGAGCCGGGGUGGGCAAGUCGCUUCCCUACCUCGAAGACACGAACAUCCCCCUCGCAGUGCGCGGCCCGGGCAUCCCGAAAGGCGCGGUCUCCAGCAACCCGAGUCUCGUCGUCGACUUUGCGCCGACCUUCCUCGAAAUAGCCGGGCUACGUCCCGACUCAGACGGCUACCCGCCCUUCUUCGACGGCUCCAGUCUGCUGGAUUCCUGGAAGAGCCCGAACUCGUCCGAGAUCUCGAAGAGGAAGGAGGCCGUUAAUAUCGAGUACUGGGGCAACGGGUUCGUCGAGAUGCAGGAGUGGUCGGAGGGCGACUACGGCUCGUACUUCCCCGGGCUGUAUCUCGAGAACGAUUACAAGACGAUGCGCGUCGUGGGGGUGAAUAGUUCGUGGAUGUACUCUCGGCGGUGUUCCAACGACGCGGAGCUGUACAAUACCAAGGACGACCCGUACGAGCUACUCAACCUCGCCAACUCAACAGACCCCCACCACCAACGCGUCCUCUCACGACUAAACGCCCUCCUGCUAGUCUCCAAAUCCUGCACCCAGUCAACCUGCCGAGACCCCUGGAGCGUCCUCCAACCCCCCGGCACGUCCCCGAGAACAGCAGUACGCACGCUUGAAGACGCCCUGGACCCCGCCUACAACUCCUUCUACAACGCCUUCCCGCCCGUCACGAUCGGGGAGUGCGUGGGCUACCAGCUCGCGUCGAACGAGGGCCCGUUCUACCCCUCCGGAGCCGAGUUCGGCCGAGGCCUCGCGUACAGAGAGCCCACCGACAACUUUGUCUUUCCGGAGCCGGAGCCGGUUGUCGGGUUGCCUCGCAACGGGUCCCGAGGCGGCGGUUGGGAACAGCGUGAGGCGUCGUAUGAGAUGCUUUUGGAGGCUUCUCGGGUUCUGACGGAUGAUGAGAUUCGGAACGGUGGGAAUGGUACUAUCAGUGGAUUUAGAACGUAG